AUGGCUGAUCACUCAGUGAGUGGUUUGAAACGACCUCAUCCUGAGGAUGACGGCACCGGCGCUCAGAAACGAACUCGGUCCAACAAUGGAUCUCCCGCGCCAGGUCAGGGAGGUCCGGUGCCUGGCAAGCCCGACAUUGCAAAGAUGGUCGCGGAGGCAAAGGCCAGAGCUGAAGCUGUUCGUGCACGACUGCAAGCAAAUCUCGGCGGCGCACCGCCCUCCGCAUCUAGUCCCAGCCCUCCACCUCCGGCAGUGAGCCCUGCGAUGUCCAAGUUGGAACAGAUGAAAGCAAGGGUAGCAGCUGCUACAAGCCGAGCUAGUGCAGCAUCAUCUCAGCAACGAACAGCCGCUCCUGCUCCAUCCUAUCAACCUCCAGUGCGUGAUGACGAGGGUCUCUCAAAGGCCCGCGGUGGCCUGGAUGUUGGCCUCCACCCAGCCCUACUCGCAGACACGACGCCCAGCUUCCGCGGUGCAAAGGACCGACAGCAGCAAAAGAGCGGCCAUCGACGAUUGGACCCAAACAAGCAGCUUGAUCUGUCCGGCCCGUCCAUUGAUGAAAUCAAAAACCAACCGUAUUUCGAUCCCAGUCUUGGUCCGAAGGCAACAGUCGCAAAGCCACGGCAAUCGCGGCAGCUGAUUUUCAAUGAGAAAGGGAAAUACAUUCAACAGGCCGCGGCGCUCCGACGGCAGGCGCAACUGGAGGCCAUGAAGAAGCGCAUUGCGGAGAAGGCUAGACAGGCAGGGAUCGAUGAGGACAUAGAUCUGGAAAAAGCAUAUCUGGUACCUGCGCCACCAGCGAUAGAGUGGUGGGAUGAAGGUUUGGUCAACGGCGGCGACUACUCUGCCAUUGAAGAUCCAGCAAACUUGAAGAUCGAUACCAGCGACACUAUCAUCACCCGCUACGUUCAGCAUCCCAUUCUCUUGGAGCCGCCUCAGGAGAAGCACAUGCCAGCGCAGAAACCCAUGCAUUUGACGCCGAAGGAACAAGCGAAAAUUCGCCGCCAGCGUCGCAUGGCAAAUUUGAAGGAGCAGCAGGCGAAGAUUCGGCUCGGCUUGGAACCGGCACCAGCUCCCAAAGUCAAGAAAUCCAACCUCAUGCGGGUGCUCGGUGAACAGGCGGUCAAGGACCCCACGGCCGUGGAAGCCCGUGUCAACAGAGAGAUUGCGGAGCGCAAGGAGGCGCAUGAGAUGAUGAAUGAGGAGCGCAAGCUGACUAAAGAACAGCGACGUGAAAAGCUAGCCGCGCAGCAAGAGAAGGACGCGGAACUGGGCAUCUACGUGUCCGUGUACAGAAUUGACAGCCUUGCGAGCGGUCGAAAUCGUUUCAAGAUCGGCAAGAACGCCGAGCAGAAUGCUUUAACUGGGAUUUGUGUUAUGCAUCCCAAACUCAACCUGGUUAUCGUCGAAGGCGGCAAGCAUUCAAUCAACAACUACCGAAAACUGAUGCUCAAUCGCAUUGACUGGUCCGAUAAUCCCGGUCCAAGCACAUCCGUUGUUAACAACAAAGAUGAAGGUCAACCUAUCUGGCUCUCUACAGAGGAUGAGAACGGUGAACCUCGAGAUUUUGGUAACAAUACUUGCACGCUCCUCUGGGAAGGACAAGCGAAAACUCGAGUGUUUAGGAAAUGGCUGGGCGCAAGAAUUUGCGAGACAGAUUCAGCUGCCAAGGAUGUCCUGACUCGGUCGAAAAUGGAGAACUUCUGGACGCUAGCCAAGAGUGCCAAGCCGUCCGAGUUCUAA